AUGGCUGAAAGAGAAAGAAGAAGGCAGGUAGCCAUGGCUCACCAAGAAGCGAUUCGUCAGCAGUUAGCAGAACGCGAAAAACAAAGACAAGAAGAAAGAGAAAGGCGUAUGCGAGAAGAACGAGAAGAAGAAAAACGGAUAGGAAGAGAACGAGAGAUCGAAAGGAAACGGAGGGAAGAGGAACUGCAAAUAGAAAGAGCAAAGCAGGAGAGGGAAAGGAGAAGAAAAGAAGUAAUAGAAGAAGCCAUUGUUUUGGCUCAGAAAGAGGCGCAGGCUCAGAAAACAAAAAAAUUUAAGGAGAUCAACAUCAUCAAUGAUGCCAAGAAUAUAGAGGAAAAGGAUUGUUCUACGAAUCGUACAGAAAACUCUCCGAAAUCAUUACCUGAAGUGCCACCAAGAGAUAAUAUGAAUUCGGAAGAGAGGAAAAGUCCAAACUAUGAACAACUGAAUAACACAAGAGCCAAUCUACCAAAAUCUGAACAUCUCAACACAGACAUAAACAAUAAAUUAGAGAUAAGAGGAAAAGGUAUCAAUUCACCGCGGUCGAACCAGUUAGAAAAUGUUCCAGAUGAUUGUGUCCCACUAUCAGAGAACAAUCAGGGUAUCCUUGAUCAAAAUACGAAUUUGCAUCCACUACAAUCUGCAAGACUUGAGAGCAACUUGGCAGCAAUGAUACCAACAUCUCUGGAGGCUUUACAAACCAUACAAUAUGCUUUAUUGGUACCUGCAACACCCCAUAAUAUCCCACUCGUUGGAAUUCCUCUCACCGACAGAAGUUGUAGUACAUCUCGAACUGAAAAUAGAAUUCUAACUCCAACACAGUAUAGAAACAAAAACAGAAAAUCCUGCGACAGUAGUACUCAAACGGAAGAAUCAGUGUUUGCCCGAACAGAAACAUCGCCAGAAAAUAGAGAGAAAUACAUCAGAGAUAAGUUGAAUAGUAUAGAUCUGACAUACGAUAAUAAGAUCAGAAGAGAGAGACGGAGUAGGAGCGAAGGUUUGGAAGACAGGCCAAAAUGGGGUGCAAAUAGACCGCCGACAAGGUAUCUAAAACAAAGUGAGAAGGACCCACUCUAUCAAAGAAAGAAAAUGAGGCAAAAACUGAGGGACAGCAAGGGUUAUGACGACAAGAAUUCCAGUGAUGAUAGCCAAACAGCUUCACCCCGUUCGUACAGGAGGAAAGGAUACCCUGAGAAAAGACAUUCCAGGCAACACUGGAGGAAGAAUGAAAUGUUACCAAGAACCGUCAGAAUGUACCAAACAGAGAUGAUUCCACUAGAGUCAGAUAAGGACCAGAUUUACUACAAAAGAAAAGAGUGUUGUUGUAUGUGUAGGUGUGGUCAUAGGUGUUCAGUUGAUAAUGUUAAAGUUGAUAUUUUGAAAAUAGAGCACAACUCUCCCAGGGAGCAGACUCAGUAUAAAUGCGAGCGAUCUGAACAUUUACCUGAUGUAGAAGUAAAUAAUGACAUUCUUGAGAAGUUAGCUUCCCUACAUGACGGGUUGUUGAUGAAAAGGGACCAGUGGGAAACCACUCCCAGUUCUCCUUCCAUAUCAUCAGCGUACAGACAAUAA